CUUAUAUACUUGAUCUUUUGGGUUCUUGUUGUGAUUAUAUGAAUGAUGAAGACAAAGAAGAAAGAAUCGAGAGGAGAAAUUGGGAAGAACAUGUCGUUGAUAUAUAAGAAGAAACUAACGGUGUUGGUCGUUGACGAUGAUCCAUCUUGUCGUACACUCCACAUGGGAAUCAUUCAAAUGGCUGGAGGAUUCCCUUACAUGGUGAAAAACGGCGAGAAAUAAGAAGCUACGUGACAUGAAUGUGACGUCAAUGAUCGUGGGGAUGACGUCACAUGAGGACGAGACUAGGGCAUUCAUGGAAGCUGGAGUUGACCACUGCUUGUCAAAGCCCUUAACCUUUGGAAAGAUCGCAUCCAUCAUUGACCAUCUCAAAACCGCAUAAUCUACCGAUUAACAAAAUAUUACUUGGUUUAGUUCGGUUAUGUGACUACUGAUAUAAAUCUUG